AAGCGAUUCUAACUUCAAACCUAGAAUCUCAAAAUGAUGGAUUAAUAUAGAAGCAGGUACUUACCUAAUGGAAACUGGCAAAAAAUUAUAUACCUCUCAAUUCUCACUGUCUUAACUCAUCCCUUCCCUUGAGAAAAUUCUUUACAGGAUUGUAAGACAAUUCCUCAACAAGUGAAAUAAAUGCCUCUUCUUUGCAAAUUAUAAUUAUAUAUUAAUUCGCCGGACAGAAGAUAAGAACGAAAAAAUCACCAUGUUCGAGCAAUUCGAGGCUAGCACCUUGUUACAGAUACAAAUAUGAACUCCCCAAGGAUUCUCUUCAUCGACGCUUAUGAUUCUUUUAGUAAUAAUAUUGUUUCGCUUUUAACGACGAUACUAGAUGCUCAUGUCGAUAUUUUACCCAUCGAUCUUCCGGAGCUUGAUCCGCAAAAGCCGAAUUUUGCUCAGAAAUUGACCGACUUGCUGAGUCAUUAUGAUGCCGUUGUCUGUGGCCCGGGACCCGGCUCGCCUGACUUGGCUCCAGACGUUGGACUUAUGAGAUAUAUAUGGGACCUUGAACCGGCCCAUUUAGUCCCAGUACUCGGGAUAUGUCUGGGUUUCCAAAGUUUGGUUGUGAGUUGUGGUGGUGUCGUGAAGAAAUUGAAGACCGGGCUCCACGGCAUGAUCCGAGAGAUCGACCAUGCAUCUCAAUGGCCCAGCUCACAGGAAGGAAACAUCUUUUGUGGUGUCCCAACUUUCAAUGCCACACUCUAUCACAGUCUUCAUGCUGAUAUUGGGCAAAACUUAAUAAAUACUAACGAUUGGGAGACAUCAAAAUGGUCCUUCCCCGCUCAUUUGCCAGAAAUUGUUCCCCUGGCGUGGGUAUAUGAGGACCGGGGUGAUCACACAGAACGCAUCCUCAUGGGUGUGAAGCACAGAACAAAACCGUUUUGGGGUCUACAAUAUCACCCUGAAUCUGUAUGCACCGAGCCGACGGGCCAUUUUGUCAUCAAGAAUUGGUCCAACGAGGCCAUGCGAUGGAACCACACGAAUGGCCGUGUAACAAACCCAAAUGUUGCUUCGCUUGGCGCUAUCACAACACUACCAAAGGCCAACACCUAUGAUGCCCAAGAGAAUAUGGAUUACGAAUCGAAAGAUUCCCGUCCAUGGGCCAAUAGCGAGUUAGCGUCCUUUGGAGUAGGCUAUCACUAUGAUUCCAAGACUAUCAAACUUCCCAUUCAUAUCGAGGUUCCUGAUAUUGUGGAGAUAUUACAAGGCGAUAGAAGAGAUUUUAUCAUCCUUGAUUCGGCAAGCGCGAAAGCGAAUAGGAUCGGGGCCGAUGUGCGAGGGCGAUACAGCAUUAUCGCUUUGGAUGUUGAUGAAGCAUUGAGAUUGGAAUACAGGACCGGAGACAAGCAUGUCACAGCGCACCAUCCAAUUUCACAGAAAGCUCCAGCAGAAGUUUCGAAGAUUCACUUCAGUCCUCAUCAAACCAUAUGGCAAUUUUUAGCUGGAUUUUGGACCGAGCGCAAAAUAAAGGCGGAUGACGAAUCAACCCCUUUCUUAGGCGGUUUUAUGGGUUUUACCACAUACGAACUUGGCUUAGAAGGCAUCGACGUCGGACUACAUAAGGAAAGAGGUCACAAUAGACCAGACCUCUGUUUCGCCUGGGUAACUAAAAGCAUUGCGAUCGACCAUACGAAAGGCACGAUACGAAUUCAGCAUCUUUUCCCGUCGGAAUCGGAGGGGAAGACCUGGGCGGACUCGGUCGCCGUAAAGCUGUCGAAUUCGCCGAUUUGGUCGGAUGGGCUUCGAGCGAAUUUUGCUAAACGGGCACGACUCAGCCAACUAACACCUCCGCCGACGCCUCAGUUUGCUUCCUCGAAAGCGAACAUUAACGCGCCAGAUGCUGAUGAGUACGAGGCGAAAGUCCGGAAAUGCCAAGAUUUUAUAGCCUCGGGAGAUUCAUACGAAUUAUGCCUCACGGACCAGACGCACAUCACACGACCUCGAGGACUUAAGACAGACACGUCUCUACUAGUACCUCUAGACCCCGGAAAACCGCCCCAAACUUCGUGGCAACUGUACCGAUCUCUGCGCUCUCGUCAGCCGGCGCCGUUUGGGUCGUAUAUUCGGCUCGGGGGCGCAACCCUAAUUAGUAGCUCGCCGGAACGUUUCCUCGAGUUUAGUGCCGAUGGGUUGUGUUCGAUGCGCCCGAUGAAAGGAACGGUGCGCAAGUCGCGCGAGGUCUCUACUCUCGCGCAGGCUGAAGCCCUCCUUCACAUACCAAAAGAAGAGGCCGAAAACUUGAUGAUCGUUGAUCUGGUGCGCCAUGACUUGCAUGGUGCAUGCGGCGCCGGUCGCGUUGCUGUUCCUAAGCUCAACGUUGUAGAGGAAUAUGCUAGCGUGUUCCAGAUGAUCAGCGUCGUCGAAGGCAGGUUACCCCAAGAAGAAGAGGGUACAAAAAAGAAAACGGGACUCGACGUCUUAGCCGCAAGUUUACCCCCUGGAAGUAUGACCGGCGCUCCUAAAAAACGUAGCUGCGAAAUCUUGCAAGAGAUUGAAGGACACCAGGAACGCAGUUUAUACUCCGGUGUUGUUGGAUAUAUGGAUGUAGCCGGACACGGCGAUUGGAGUGUCACAAUUCGCAGUUUAUUCCGUUGGGAUGAUGAAAAGAUUGAAAAUCUCUCUACGCCGACGGACCACCAACAAGAACUUGAAGUCUGGCAUAUCGGAGCCGGUGGCGCUGUGACUGCUCUCAGUACGGCUGAGGGCGAGCGUGAUGAGAUGUUUACCAAGCUCAAGGGCCCGCUUGGUGUAUUUGAUGAGGAGACGUGAUGUAUAUUCAUCUAUACACACGCAUAUUUCAACAUCUAUGUGUUAUUUAAGUGGAUAUGAUGUCAACUAGAGGGAAAUAAAUGGCGAUUAACUGUGUUAUAAAAGGAUCGCGAUAUUUGAGCGGUGUUUUGCAUCUCAACAGCAUAAAUGGGGUUAGGGUUGGGGUACAGGAGUUCUCACCACUCAAUUCAUCAUAGAGUGUAAUAGUAGAACAUUACAGGAUACCACGCAUAUCACGGAAAGAAGAUGGU